AUGGCGUCAUUCACCUCCGCCAACGCCAGCAAACCAGUGCUUGGUCUAAGUGGCUUCCCAGGGCUGGAGAUGGUUCACCACUGGAUCGGCAUCCCCAUCUUUUCUGCUUACCUGGUUGCCACCCUGGGCAACUGCACCAUUCUGUAUGUCAUCUGGACUGAGCCUGGUCUGCACCAGCCCAUGUAUUACUUCCUGGCCAUGCUGGCUACCACCGACCUGGGGCUCUGCCUCACCACCGUGCCCACCGUCAUGGGAGUCCUCUGGUUCCAGCUGAGGAAGGUCAGCGUAUAUGUGUGUAUUUCUCAGCUGUUCAUCGUCCACUCCUUCUCCUUCAUGGAGUCUGCUGUGCUCUUUGCCAUGGCCAUAGACCGCUUCCUGGCCAUUCGCUUCCCUCUGAGGUACGCACUUCUGGUGACCUCCAGCAGAGUGGCCACAUCUGGGCUGAUUCUUCUGCUGAGAAGCACCGUGCUCCUAUUGCCUCUCCUGCCUUUCGUUCUACAGUUCCCCUACUGUCGGGACGCAACCCUUUCUCACUCCUACUGUCUACAUCAGGACUUGAUACGCUUGGCAUGUGCCAACACAAGUUUCAACAGCCUUUAUGCUCUCAUCCUCAUCUUCCUCACCAUGGGCUCCGAUCUCCUCUUCAUCCUCAUCUCCUACAGCCUGAUCCUGAAGGCGGUCCUGGGCAUGACCUCUGGGGCUGAUGGCCACUACAAGGCCCUGGGCACCUGCGUCUCCCACGUCUGUGCCGUCCUGGUCUUCUACGUUCCGGUGCUCGGGCUCUCCAUCGUGCACCGCUUUGGCCGGCACGCCUCUCCCCUUCUCCACGUCAUCAUGGGCAACAUCUACAUCCUCCUCCCUCCCUUGAUGAACCCCAUCAUUUACAGCAUCAAAACAAAUCAAAUCUACAGCAGGAUCCUCAGAAUAGUCUCACCCAAGAGCCCCUAA